AUUUUUAUAUACUCUGUGAAAAUGACUUUAAGAUUUCAUAUGUGAUAUUGGUUUUAAAAGGAACAUAUUGUGGCAUGGGAGUAUGUCUCAGCGGUACUGAGCUUUCAUAGCAAGUGGGCAAGUAAAUCCAAUUACACAAAAAAGAACCAAAACAACAAACAAACAAUAAAUAAAUAAGCACUAAACCAAUCCAAACAUUUCUUGAGGCACAUUCUGUCAGCCAUGCACCCCAAACAUUUCCAUAUGCAGAUUUAUAAUCUGAGAAAGAUCAUAGUCACAGACGGCCUACCCUACAUAAACUGUCAUUGUGGUUCAGUUCUAGAGUUGGUCCAUCUUAGGAUUCUCCCCGGUGUCUAUCAGUUAAAGAAACAGGGUAACGUGUAUCACUUUCCUCCCAUUCACAUCCCAGUACCUUGAGCUAGCUAUUUCUGAGUGAUCCUGCCAUACUGAAAUUGCAGAGGACAGAACAUAUCUUCCUUUGUGGGAACCACUGGUCAUGUUAUAAGACAGGACCCAAUCCUAACCAUAUAUUGUGGUGUCUUGUUGCAGCAGAAGCUUUCGGGCUUUGAUUCUCAGAAGCUUAUAUGUAUAGUCUUAGCCAUAUAAGACCACAAACUCUGGAGACACAAAUUUUAAGGGGUGGGGUGGGGACACAAAAUUUCCUUACAUCUUCAAAAUGGCAGACAGUUCUGCAACAAAGUGUUAAAACCUGUGAUACUAGAUAAUUAAAUUGAGGAAAAAGUACCUUGUGCUAUUUGGAAAAGAUAUGAUGCACACAAUCACAUGAAGAAGGAGGACCCAACUCUGUAGAGAGGUGUUCAAUGGUGGAUGUGGAUAGGGCACAAGAAGGUAGCAAAGAUACACUACCUUGGAAAAAAGUUUUGUUGUUUGUUUUUUUUAUAUCAUUUGAUUAGUUUAUCCCCAGCUAACAGCUUACCAGUGUUGCAGACCUAAGCAUAGGGGUUACUUCUGGGUGCCUGGUAUUAAGGAUGGUUAAGUUUACUUAUUUUCUUACUUCCCUUUGUCACAUCCUUUGACACCAGGAGGAAAGCUUAGAGAGAUUGAAACCAGUAGAUUUCAAACUGUUUAAGUGUAAGAAACUUUGUUAGGGGAGGGGUGUAGAUGAAGAGAUUCUUCUCUUACACUCUCCUGCCUGGUUGCUGCUACCCUCAGCUUCUGGUUCUUUUUUCUUAAAGUUGAAGAAACAGCCUGCCCAGAGAACAAAUCGUUUUCCUUGUCAGGUUACUUCCCCCCCCUCCCCCCAGUAAAGCAGGAGAGGCUGAUGGAUCUUAGACUGGAAGGGGUGAUCUCUUGAGCCCUGGCCAAGGCCUGUCUUACCCUGCUCACAGUACUGUUUAACUCCCUCUCCCCUUUUGAGUAAAUAUGUGUUUUCCCCCCACCUUUGACUUCUCUGAGGAUUGAGUUAAAAUAAUUAAGAGCAGAGAGGUGCAAGCAGGAUAAGGUAGAACAUCACAGAAGGGCAUAGUCUUCUUUGCUGCCCAGGGCAUGACCAUGAGUAGGAGACUUUGGAGGGGAAGAGAAGGGUCCCCAAGAGGAAAGAAAGGCUCUUUGCUGCCCAGGGCAUGACCAUGAGUAGGAGACUUUGGAGGGGAAGAGAAGGGUCCCCAAGAGGAAAGAAAGGCUCCAUUGGCUGCCUGCUAUGUGUCAUGGGGCCUUGAGGUAGGGAGUUAGGAUUAGAGGGGAUGAGUGCUGCAAGGAAGACAGUGAGGGCAGCCACUUGAGAAGCAGGAUCAAAGGCUGGGAGGAGUGGGAGGAGUGUGUCCAGGGACUGGCAGCCAUCUCACGUGGUGCUGCGUGGUGCGCAGGGCAAGAGGGCCUCCUUAUCAGCGGUCCCAUUCUACAUCAGCGAUUGCAUUCCUUGGUCAGCAGAGAACUACAGCACUGGAGGGAAGUGCAGGCCUGCCUCAGGACAGAGCUGCCAAGGCCUCUCGGGAGGACACUUGUGCUCAGGCUGCAGUUCACCACCACUACUACAAGGAGCAGCAUCUUUGCAAUGUGGAAAAGGAGAAGAGAUGACAAGGAGGAAGACACCCACCUUCCCCGUCAUUCGAAGAGGAAUAAGAAGGACCAGGCCUUCCAGGACCCGCGUGCUAUAGAGUCGUCAAGCAGUGAUAAUGAAAGGAUCCACAGCAGCAUCAAUAACCCCAACAGAGAAAGUGUACCAGAGAGCAGCUUAAACCAGAACAUUGCCGAACUUAACUCCAAUAUCCCCGAGUUCUCCCACGAGGACUAUGCAUUGUUCCAAGGUCAUGAUCCUUACUCCCACAUUAACCAGAUCUUGAAGGAGGCUCACUUCUACAGCCUACAGCAGAGAGGACAAUCUCCGACAUGAUCACCUAGGCGUCCUCCUCCCUUGUUUAUAAAAAGCAAUGGCAUUCACAUAAAGCAGUCUUGGCUUUUGUCUGUAUUUUCAGUAAGAGGUCAAUGGGCAUUUGUAAUCUUUUGCUGUUUUGCUCCACCACUGCGAUUUCAAAUGGUCCUUCAUGACAGUUUAAUAUGUUUUCUGUCAAGUCUGGUGUCCAGUUCAUGUUAAAAUAGCAACAUGAGGACUUCUCCUGAUACUGAAUGACUUAUAUGUCCAAUUCGGGUUGGGUUCCAAGUCACUCAUAUAGGGUCUCUAUGUUAAAUGUCGUUUUAAAAUGUGACUCCUUCUGAAAAGCUAAGUGGCCCAAAAAUGAAUGGCUGGUUUUCAUUAAAACUUGAAAGAAGAAACAGCAACAAGAGACAAGCCAACACCAACCGGUGAUGAGCAUUGUGUAGGAGGGAGAAUGUGACUGGCUCUCAUUCUGAAAUGACUGACAGGGCCGCUCCUCAGAAGGGAGAUGUUCUACAGAAAUCAAUCUCUACUUACAAUGGUGCCAAUGUCAGCCAUGCAGUUGUACAUGUGAAGCCUGUGUCUAGUAACUGCACUCGUUGUAUUCCAAGGGAGAAGCCUUCUUCCUUUAAUGCUCCUGUGUGUGCCCUUCAUACCUUGUGCAAAGCACUUGUAAUUCUGUCAGAGAAGUGCAUAGCAAUGCCGUGGCUUAAGUGCAAAAUCUACUUGUGAACCACUUAUGUAUUGUUCCUUACAGUUCCAUCUAUUAUGUCUAAUGUUGAUAAAGUCUAAGCUACUGGACAUGA